GCCGGAUCCGUCUUUGACAGCCUGCUGUAAAGGGCGCAGAAAAGCGAAACCUCGAAACAUGUCGGUCCUUCCGUGACUCUACGUUGUAUUUUCCAUAUUUCCAGCAUGACAGUGAGCGUUAUAACGCUCUGAUUGUGUAAUUCUGUAGAAGGCUCGACACAGCGCAUUACGGUAGGAUGGAAACUCUGAUUCCCAUCAUUAACAGGCUGCAGGAGGUUUUCCUCACACUUGGAGCCGAGAUCAUCCAGCUUCCUCAGAUCGUAGUCGUGGGGUCACAGAGCAGUGGAAAGAGUUCAGUACUGGAGAGUUUGGUUGGACGAGACUUUCUGCCCCGAGGUUCAGGAAUAGUGACUCGGCGCCCUCUAGUGUUACAGCUGGUGAACGUGCCUCCGCUGGAGGAGAGGCGGAAACAAGACAAUGGUAACAAGUGUCUCUCUUUUAAGGGUUUAUCAUAUCUGUACUCUAUCGACUGCAGACACACAUACUGUGGCUCAAAAAAUAGUGGUCUUCCAAAAGUCCCGGUUGGUGACCAGCCUGAAGAUAUCGAGACUCAAGUCCAAGAGAUGAUUCUGUCGUACAUCUCCAACCCCAACUCCCUCAUCCUGUGUGUUUCUCCUGCAAACUCUGACCUCGCCACAUCGGAUGCCCUUAAACUGGCACGAGAGGUGGACCCAGAUGGUCGCAGGACGCUGCUGGUGGUGAGUAAGCUGGAUUUGAUGGACGCGGGGACAGAUGCUCUGGAGGUGCUGCUGGGCCGGGUCAUUCCCGUGAGACUGGGCAUUAUUGGUGUGGUUAACAGGAGCCAACAUGACUUGAACACCCAAAAGAGUCUUGACGACUCCUGCAAAGACGAGCAGGUGUUCCUGCAGCGGCAUUACCCAUCAUUAGCCUCCCGCUGUGGCUCCCGCUACCUGGCUCGCACCCUGAGCCGACUGCUCAUGCAUCACAUCAGAGACUGUCUCCCGGAGCUCAAGACGCGAGUCACAGUGCUCACGGCCCAGUACCAGUCCCGACUAAACAGCUACGGCCAGCCAGUGGAAGACCACAGCGCCACCUUGCUGCAGAUCGUUACCAAGUUUGCCACUGACUACUGCAACACCAUCGAAGGCACUGCCAGGCACAUCCAGACCUCUGAAUUGUGUGGAGGAGCUCGUAUCUGUUACAUAUUCCACGAGACGUUUGGAAGAACUCUGCAGUCUAUUGACCCACUUGGAGGACUCACCGAGCUAGACGUUCUCACAGCUAUUCGAAACGCUACGGGUCCUCGGCCGGCGCUGUUUGUUCCUGAGGUCAGUUUUGAGCUGCUGGUGAAGAAACAGAUCAAGAGACUGGAGGAGCCCAGUCUGCGCUGUGUGGAGCUCGUACACGAGGAACUUCAGAGAAUCAUCCAGCACUGCUCUGCCUACAGCACACAGGAGCUUUUGCGGUUUCCCAAACUGCAUGACUCAAUAGUGGAGGUGGUUACCAGCUUACUCAGGAAACGCCUGCCCAUUACCAAUGAGAUGGUUCAUAAUCUAGUUGCAAUUGAGUUGGCCUAUAUAAACACCAAACAUCCUGAUUUCACAGACGCUGCCCAAGUGUCUGCAUCUGUCAACAGCCAGCAGGCGGAGGCUGGGGAUGGAGGUAAGCAAUGGAAGAAUGAGAAGAUGCCGUCGGAGGAGAAGGGCCCUGUGCCAGGGUUUGGGAGUCCCAAUAAAGCCGUCAACCUGCUGGACACGGCCGUGCCAGUGUCCCGCAAGCUGAGCACUCGAGAGCAGAGGGACUGUGAGGUCAUCCAGCGGCUCAUCAAGUGCUACUUCCUGAUCGUGCGCAAGAGCAUCCAGGACAGUGUGCCAAAGACGGUGAUGCACUUCCUGGUGAAUUUUGUGAAAGAGCAUUUGCAGAGUGAGCUGGUCGGUCAGCUCUACAAACAGCGUCUGCUGCAGGAGCUGCUCAUCGAGUCUCAGGAAACGGCUCAGCAGCGCACGGAGGUUGCACAGAUGCUGGAGGCGCUCAAGAAAGCCAGUAACAUUAUCUCAGAGAUCCGGGAGACUCAUCUUUGGUAGCCAAACGUUCUCAUGAACAUUCUGUCCAGGAAAGUGUUUACAUGUUUGUGCGUGCUGUAUGUGUGAGUGUGUGACAUAAGUCAAAUACACCAUCUGA